CACAGCUUGAACAAAGUGUGGCCAUUUUUUUACUUCCAAAACUCCUCUGUUCCAUCUCUGCAGCCCCAAAAUUCUUUCCGUUUUCAAAUAAUCCCUUACAGAUCACGCCAUCUCCCUCUAAGGAAAAUGCAGUACAAGAAUCUGGGUCGCUCAGGCCUCAAGGUGAGCCAGCUCUCUUUUGGCGCCUGGGUCAGCUUCGGCAAUCAGCUCGAUGUCAAAGAGGCCAAGUCUCUCUUGCAGUGCUGCCGUGACCAUGGUGUUAACUUCUUUGACAACGCCGAGGUUUAUGCCAAUGGAAGGGCUGAGGAGAUCAUGGGUCAGGCGAUCCGUGAGCUUGGAUGGAAACGUUCUGAUAUUGUUGUCUCUACCAAGAUCUUCUGGGGAGGUUCUGGUCCUAAUGAUAAAGGCUUGUCUAGGAAGCAUAUAGUGGAGGGUACCAAAGCUUCGCUCAAGAGGCUGGAUAUGGAUUAUGUUGAUGUGAUUUACUGCCACCGGCCAGACUCCUCAACACCAAUUGAAGAAACAGUAAGGGCAAUAAAUUAUGUGAUUGAUAAAGGGUGGGCAUUUUAUUGGGGGACUAGCGAGUGGUCGGCACAGCAAAUCACUGAAGCAUGGGGCAUCGCAGAAAGAUUGGACUUGGUGGGGCCAAUUGUGGAGCAGCCAGAGUAUAAUUUACUGUCUAGACACAAGGUAGAGUCAGAGUACCUCCCUUUGUACAACAAUUAUGGCCUGGGCCUCACCACAUGGAGUCCACUUGCAUCUGGGGUGCUCACUGGAAAGUACAGCAAGGGAGCUAUUCCUCCUGAUAGCCGGUUUGCACUGGAAAAUUACAAAAAUCUUGCCAGCCGAUCACUAGUUGAUGAUGUUCUGAAAAAGGUCAAUGGACUAAAGCCAAUUGCUGACGAACUAGGUGUGCCUUUAUCUCAACUUGCAAUUGCAUGGUGUGCUGCUAAUCCAAAUGUCUCAUCAGUUAUUACUGGUGCUACAAAGGAGUCUCAGAUUCAAGAGAACAUGAAAGCUAUUGACGUGAUCCCCUUGUUGACUCCUGCCGUGAUGGAGAAGAUAGAGGCUGUUGUUCAAAGCAAGCCAAAACGUCCAGAUUCAUAUAGGUAAGUAAUGUAGGAGUUUUGCGGGAAUUAUGUAGCAGAUUCAUAUUACAAAGAUCACGCCUUAGUUCUGUUGUCAUUCAAGUGUGGCUGUUGUAUUGUUAUAUCUUGUUUCACUGCCUUGGAGCAUUGCAAUCCGCAGUUGAUUUUUCAUGUGCGGGAGGGAUUUUCUCAUUUUACAUUUCAUGAUGUUCACAAUUCUGAAUUGAUGACAAUUUUUUGUCUUGAAUUUGGCGUGCUAUAAAGAUUGAUAUAUUUUUCCA